GUUCCGGGUAACUGCGUCAGAUGACCUCAGUCCAUCGGCCCAAGAUAAACAACACUGUUAGUGCCGUGGCUAGCGACUGUUAAGGAACUUGUAUUCACCGAAUUAAAAGAUGGCAAAGAAACCGGAGGACUUCGGAGGUUUAUGGCUGUGAUUACGAUAAACAAAUCUAUUGCCACAAUCUGGAUCGCUCUCUUCAGCCAUGUCGUCACGUGUGUUGCUGCGGCAGCAGCUGAUGCGAGAACAAGCCCAGGAGCAGGAGAGACGUGAGGCCCAGCAGCAGGCCUCUGCCUCUCAGCUCCGGGCCUCUGACUCCACUCCAGCCAUUUCUGUCACACUGCCCCCAAAUGCUGCCCGUCCCCCUCCAGCACAGGUGCCUGUGGAGGUGCUGAAAGUGCAGACCCACUUGGAGAACCCCACCAGGUACCACAUCCAGCAGGCACAGAGGCAACAGGUGAAGCAGUACCUCUCCACCACUCUGGGCAACAACGCAACUACUCAGACCAUGGGUGUGUCCCCUGUGCCGCAGUCCAGUUCUGCCCCUGAAGUUGCUCCUACUGCCAGCAGUGUCCCUAACAGUCCUAUGGCUCUGCUUAACAUCGGAUCCAACAAGGAGGAAAUUGACGAUGUGAUCGACGACAUCAUUAGUCUUGAAUCCAGUUUUAAUGACGACAUCAUUACGUUGAUUGACUCAGGUCUUCAGUUGCCCAGCACGCUCCCAGGAAAUCUUUUGGAUAUAUACCACAGCCCUGGAAUGGCAGCACCUACUUUCACUGUCAGCAACUCCUGCCCUGCUGAUCUUCCAAAAGUUAAAAGGGAAAUUACUGAUGCAGAUACCAAAGCACUUAUGAAAGAAAGGCAGAAAAAAGACAACCAUAAUCUCAUUGAGAGGAGGCGAAGAUUCAACAUCAACGACCGUAUAAAGGAGCUGGGUACUUUGAUACCCAAGUCAAGUGACCCAUAUCACAAUGAUGUCAGCGAGAUGCGCUGGAAUAAAGGCACCAUACUGAAAGCUUCCGUAGACUACAUCAGGAAGUUGCAGAAGGAGCAGCAAAGAGCCAAGGAUAUUGAAAUGCGUCAGAAAAAGCUGGAACAUGCCAACCACAGUCUAAUGUUACGCAUCCAGGAACUGGAAAUGCAGGCACGUCUCCACGGCCUGAGCUCUGAUCCCUCUCUGCUGCAUCAGCAGCAGGUCCCACAUAGCGGCCCGUCUCUGCCUUCCAGUGCAGGAGGAGUCUCCUCCCAAAACCUCCUAAAUCUGGGCGUGGCAGGCAUUGGACAGCCUCUGCCAGCCUCCUUCCUGUCCCCGCCCUCCUCGGACUCUCCUGCAGGAGUCACCAUCAGCAGCCCCCUGGACCUGGGCAGCCUGAGCUUUGCCGAGCUGGACGACACCUCUGCCUCGGCACUCUACCCUGACGUGGGCUUGGGAGACAUUCUAAUGGACGAUGGGUGCACCCUGUCUCCUGAGAGGGUGGUGGAACCGCUGUUUUCUCCUUUGUCACCAGGUGCCUCUAAAACUAGCAGUCGCAGGAGCAGCCUUGAAAUGGACGAGGACUUGUGAUGAGUUCUGUUUGGCGGUCAGGGACUGUCUGUAAGGACCAGAAUGACAGGAAGUGCAGUCUAUCCUUAAAUAACGUGAGUCUAUUCAUAGGACUGUAUAAUUGAAAUCAAAAAAGCAAAAAUAACUAACAUUAAGAUCAAAACUAAUAUACAUGUUGGAGAAAGUAUGAUUUUUUUUUGCCAUACAGACCUAAUUAUUAUUGUUCCUGUUGGAAGCUGGUCAGAUGAUCAUGUCUGGGUUUAUAAAUGCAAUUUUAUUCAAAUGAAAUGUUGUAUAAUACGGGCAUGGCAUUAGGAGAUAAUACAUUAUUAAAUAGUUUUA